CUAAAAUCUCCACCAUGGGGAAGUGGGAUAAUUUAGGGUUUUCUUGACACUGCAUUUCUGGUUCAUCCUGUUUCACUCAUCUGAUUAGCUCAGGAUUGGUAGAAUAACUGAGCUGAUCAAACAAACUGUGGAAGAUCCGUAACAACCUGAUGUUUGGCUUCUUUUGGGACACAUCUAUGGGAGAAAGAGGAACUAGAGACAUUCAGUGUUAUUGAGAAGUGAAAUGGAUCUGGGAGGAAAUAAGAUUGAUCCAGGUAAAUAUUCCUGUUCCAUCUGCUGGGAUCUACUGAAGGAUCCGGUGACUAUUCCCUGUGGACACAGUUGCUGUAUGAACUGUAUUAAAGACCACUGGGAUGGAGAACAUCAGAGGAGAAACUACAGCUGCCCUCAGUGCAGGAAAGAGUUCAGACUGAGGCCCAACCUGGAGAAAAACUUCAUGUUAGCUGAGUUGGUGGAGGAUCUGAAGAAGUCUGGACUCCAAGCUGCUCCUGCUGAUCACUGCUAUGCUGGACCUGAAGAUGUGGCCUGUGAUGUCUGCACUGGGAGGAAGAUGAAAGCUGUCAAAUCCUGUCUGGUUUGUCUGAUUACUUACUGUGAGAAUCAUCUUCAGACUCAUUACCAAUUACCUGCAUUUAAGAAACACAAGCUGGUGAAUCCUUCUAAGAACCUCCAGGAGAAAGUCUGCUCUCGUCAUGAUGAGGUGAUGAAGAUCUUCUGUCGUACUGAUCAGAAGUGUAUCUGUUAUCUCUGCACUAUGGAUGAACAUAAAGGCCAUGAAACAGUCCCAGCUGCAGCAGAAAGAGAUGAGAAGCAGAAGAAGCUCCAGGAGAGUCAACAACAAAUCCAUCAGAGAAUCCAGGACCAAGAGAAAGAUGUGAAGCUGCUUCAACAGGAGGUGGAGGCCAUCAAUGUCUCUGCUGAUAAAGCAGUGGAGGACAGUGAGAAGAUCUUCACUGAGCUGAUCGGUCUCCUCCAGAAAAGAAGCUCUGAUGUGAAGCAGCAGAUCAGAUCCCAGCAGGAAACUGAAGUGAGUCGAGUCAAAGAUGUUCAGGAGAAGCUGCAGCAGGAGAUCACUGAGCUGAAGAGGAAAGACGCUGAGCUGGAGCAGCUCUCACACACAGAGGAUCACACCCAGUUUCUCCUCAACUACCCCUCACUGCCAGCACUCAGUGAGUCUACAGGAUCAUCCAGCAUCAUUGUUCGUCCUCUGAGACACUUUGAGGACAUGACAGCAGCUGUGUCAGAGCUCAGAGACAUCGUACAGGACAUCCUGAGAGACACAGGGACAAACAUCUCACCAAGACUCACUGAGGUUGAUGUUCUACUGUCAGAACCAGAAUCAGAACCAAAGACCAGAGAUGGAUUCUUAAAUUAUUCUCAAGAAAUCACUCUGGAUCCAAACACAGCAGACAAGAAGCUUUUAUCAUCUGAGAUUCAACCCCAGGAAAAGUUUGAUGAUGUGACAGCAGUUUUGUCGGAGGUCACAGACAAAACACAGGACGUCCUGAGAGACACACGGAGAAACAUUUCACCAAGAUUAACUGAAGUUGGUGAUUCAUUAUCAAAAUCAGAACCAGGGCCAAACACCAGAGCUGGAUUCUUAAAACUUUCAAAUAAAAUCACUCUGGCUCCAAACACCUUAAACAGAUUCCUUUUAUUAUCAGAGGGGGAAAGAAAGGUAACAUUUGUGAACCGUGAACAGUUUUAUCCUGAUCAUCCAGAGAGAUUUGAUGGUUUGUGUUAUCAGGUUCUGAGCAGAGAGAGUCUGACUGGUUGUUGUUACUGGGAGGUGGAGUGGAGAGGCGGAGGAGCCGUAGCCGUUUCAUACAGGAACAUCAGCAGAACAGAAAGAUUAGGAUCCGAUGACAAAUCCUGGUCUUUAUAUUGUGACACAAACAGUUACACAUUUUAUCACAACAACAUUAAAACUCCAGUGGGACGUCCAAUUUCCUCCAGAGUGGGAGUUUACCUGGACCAUAUAGCAGGUAUUCUGUGUUUCUACAGCGUCUCUAAAACCAUGACUCUUCUCCACAGAGUCGAAACCAGAUUCACUGAGCCUCUAUAUGCUGGGAUUAGACUUUACUUCUCAUUUUCCUGCCCUGACGGAUCGUCUGCUGAGUUCGUUAAACUCAGAGAGUCAGCAGUGAUUUGAGGUCCAGUUGGUCAAAAUGUGGAUCUUAGUUUCAGUUUCUGUAGUUUCCAUCAUUGUCAUCAAAUCUUCACUGCUGAGAAGAAAUGUCUUUAUGGAGCUACUUUGUCAUCUUGUUAGUUGUUUUGUUGGAGUUUGUUUGGGUGCUGCCCCUUCCUGUUUCUGAUCAGCAAUGGAGGCCAUCGCUGCACAGGAGCAUUUUUAUUCAACUAAACUAACUACAUUUAUUGCUGUCAGACUAAAUGUGACAAAGCAAUAAAUGUUGCUGAUAAAUGUUGUA